AUACACUUUGCGAAGGGAGGGAGAAGACGCGAGGAUGCGUAGUAACUAAGGCUUGGAGUUGUAACGUGGAUGUGAGGCAUACAUGAGCGACGUGCGUCGCCGCCAUCCCUUCGGCUCCAGCAAGACCCGCGUUCGUUCUCUGGCUGUGGCUUCCUCCCGCGGCCCAGCAUUUUGGUGACGACGAUGGUGUCUGUGCGGGAGGAGGCAAGGAUGCUGGUCUCGGCCGUAGCUAGAGAGGCUCGUCGGUGUCCUCCUCCUACGGCAGGUCCUUGCUGGUUCCUCCCGACGCCUUGCCCGCCGUCGCCCUCCGAAGUCGACUGGGGUUUGAGAGAAGUUUCGUGGGCGCCGCACCGAGCCCUGACGGAACAGCUGUGUCAUCUCACGAGAUUCUGGGAUUCGUCGGCGUCUCUCGCGCUCUCCGCCGCCGCCGCCGCCGCCUCGUCCAGGUCCUGCCAGGUGGCGGCGACCCUCAGGACUGUCCCUUGUGGCGGCGGCAAGACCCUUACGCUGACAGAAGUUCUGCAUUCGCUCUCCGGCCAAAUCGAGCUCUUCUACCUGGCCACGCACGCCGGCCUUCAGAGCCUGCGGUACUUCUGCUGCUUCGCGAUUCAGCCUGGACUGCAUCCGGGCCUUCAGGAGGAUUUGAUUCGGGCGGUGGAUAAGGCCUACGAGACGCUGGUUGUAGGCGUAUGGCGUUGCUCGAGAGUAAACGCCCGACUCCAGGCUGCCUACCAGACCUCGCCCGAGAGCUUCCAUGAAAGUGUUCUCACGCCCACGCCCACCAUCUUCUCGAUCGCCCAGGACUCCGAAGACGAGGAAGAUGGCGAGGGGAUGGAGGAGGACGUGUGCAUAGACGACGACCCCGACGACAGUAUGUUGGACGACCACGACGACCCGCCUCCGCCCUCCUCGCUGGGAGACCCGCUGGAGGACGCCAAGACGCACUACCUCCGCCUGAUCGUUGGGGACAGCAUGGGGAAGGGAUGGGGAGGGCGGGGAGGACCUCAGAGCGCGGCAGAGGCCUCGGUGGUGACGACCUCCUCCUCCUCUUUCUCCUCUUCCUUCCCCUCCUCCUCCUCCUUCUCCUCCAUCUUCACGUCCCAGCCUCACGCCUCACGGGUGCUGGUGGGGAGGGAGCCUCUCGAUUGCCCUUCGGGAUUCAUGCCUUUCCAGAAACCCCAGGAGGCCGCAGAGGAAGAGGAGGAACGCAGGAGAGCGCAGGCCGCAGGGCAGGACGACCCCUUCGCGCAGGCCUGUGAUGCGGAGGUAUGGUCCUGCUUCGGUCCACUGGCCGGCGGGAGGACAACCCACGCAGCAGGAGGAAGGAGUGGCGGCAGGACGGAGCGGACGGGGAAUGGGAGGGACCCGACAAGAGCUUCUUCAGCCCCGAAGGAGGUGGAAGCUCUCCCAUUUCUCACGAGGAGCCGACCUUCGAGGGCCAUGCAACCCACGACGCAAUCCACGACCCACCGCCUCCCUUCCCUCCUCCCGGAGUCCUAUGAUCCCCACGCCGCCGCCCCGCCCUCCAUGUCCGGGGACACCAUUCCCAUGCCUCCUGCAGGAGAAUCGUGGUCGUCCGCCUUCAGGGUGAUCCACCCCCGGUCGGACGGCGGUGCCAAACCUGUCGCGAACACGUCUCCGGGCGCUGGCGGACUCGUCGAAAGCUCAGCCGCGAGUCAAGCCACGCACUCACACGUCGGGGUCCAGGGUCUGUUGGCGGGCGGCCUGCACGUGAACUCGGCUUUUUCUCGGGUCUUGCAGCCUGCUCCUCAGUCCGUCCCGCAUUCCCAGCCUUUUAAUCCAUCUCUUUCUCGACUCCAGCCUUUGCGAGGACCUCUUCCUCCUCCUCCGGCCGCCAAGACGAACAAGAGGCCCAGAUGUGUUGAUAAGAAGCAUGAGUGUCAAGAGGACGGCAGCGGGGUAGGGUCCACGACCUCCGGCAGAGGAGGACCUGCACCCGAAGGAGGCAUCGACGGAGUGGGCGGCGAGAAGGCCCCCAAGCGCGCCCGCCGUCGCCUGGAGGACCACGCCGCCCGGAUGCAGCAGCACUUCCUCUCCCUCGUCGACGCCAUCAGCAGCCACUCCCUCGAGCCUUCGGAGACGAAGGGCGCCGGCAGAGGUUCCUCGUCGAAGGCCCGUUUUAAGGAGGAGGUUGUCGGCGGGAGCAGUUCGACCCAGAAGGCUGUUAGGAAACCGAGGUUGAGGGCAAGCCAACUCCGAAAGCGAGACUGAGAGCAAGCCGGUAAAGAAACUGAGGUUGAGAGCAAGCCGGUAAAGAAACUGAGGUUGAGAGCAAGCCGGUAAAGAAACUGAGGUUGAGAGCAAGCCGGUAAAGAAACUGAGGUUGAGAGCAAGCCGGUAAAGAAACUGAGGUUGAGAGCAAGC